AAAGACAGGUGGGAAGUGUAACAUCACACAUCGAUUCGGCGGCCCGCGUCGAGCCCGAAAAAAAACUUUCCUUCUCCGCGUCUCCCGAAUCCUGGCCGUGUCCGGUCGCGACGAGAAAGCCCGGCGUCUGACGUUGACGCGCGCGUACGCGUGUGGUGCGGUGAAUCUAAGUGACUCUUUCUGUCUCCAGUUCGGGGAACGUAUACGCGUUACACCGAUGGAAACGUGACUGUCCCUCGGUCACACACGGUGGUUCCUGUCACGGCGCAGCGGCCAGCACCAGGAACGGUAGCAGCGAUAGCCAGCCCUCUCGUUCAACCCCCAUCACCGUCGAAGACCGCGUCGCCGACGCCGAGGGAGGGAAACUCGGCGCGCUGAUAACGGUCGCGGCGGAGGUCACUGCAUUGCGGUUAGCGGCGCUACAUCGACGACGACGAGGAAGACGUGGAAGACGACAGCGACGUAAUCGCGCCGCGAAAGUAGUAGGGGGGUUGAAAAUCGGCGCUUGCCCGGUGUCGGUCUCUCUUUUCCAAGAUCUCGCUCCUCGAUCGCUCGCUCGUGCGUGCCCCUCCAAAGAUCGACCGCUGCCCCUAUCUUUCCCGCUGUUCUUUACACGUCCUCCCCGUGGAGUUUCCCCGCUGUAUCCACGUGCGUGCACAACAAGCGUACGCGUAUAGAAAGCCGCACGCGUAAUCAUCACGCAUCCGCGGAUACGGCUCCGAAGGACGGAGAGAGAAAGGCAUGCGUUAACGCGCACGGCGCCUGCGCGCGACAUCGGCGCGCGGUGGGGAGGGCGGCGCUUGGUGGGGAGCGUGAUCCGGCGCGACGUCAGUGCGACGGCGACCGGCUGCGGGUGCGGAUGGUGUUCAUCGAUGUGCGCGUGUUUGUCGUGACGUUGCAUAAUAAGGGACGUAACGGUUGUUUAUCGUAACGUCGCUCGCGCGUGGACGCUCGAAGGCGCGUGAGCGCGGGUGUCCGUCGCGACUCUCGCCUUCUACCCACCUUCGUUCGUCGCGCAUCGGCGCCGUGACGUCUCGCGACUUCGCCUGAAUGUGCCGCUUGGCCGCUGCGAGGCGGUCCAUCGUCCUCGGGAAAACAUGCGCGCGGCGGGCCGCCGGUGGACGACCGUGGAUGCAACGACCGCGACAAACGGGAACGUCGCGCCGCACGUGACUGCCGCGGCACCCGCGCAGCUGCUUCCGGCGCAGUGAGUGUCGGAGAGAAAGCAACGCGCGCCUUCUCUCUUGCCGCGGUACACGCUCGAUAGAUAGUAGGUUAAUUCGCGCGCGUCACAGUGUAGCGUCGCGGGCGUAGUCGGGUGUGCUCCGGGUACGCGGAGCGCAGUGCGACGGUGAUAAUACACGGUGUUUUUCCUCCCACGGAAAUUCCUCCCGUUCUCGCGUGUGCCGUUUUACGGUCGUUUGGUGCCCGCGACCCCCGGAGACUGCGAGCCCUGGCACGUCAUUACGAGCGUCGCUGCGACAACAUCGCGAGGAAAGGAUGAGGCGAGCCGGCCUCCGCGUCGCCCCCAGGAUGCCCCCGUUGCUGUCCUGCUGGUGCUUCGUCGCGACGGUCACCCUCGCUCUGGCCGCUUGGCAGGAGAAUGUCAGGCCGAAGAUGUACGUCCAGCUAGGUGCGGAGGAUGUGUUCAGGUUUACGGGCAACGAGACGCACACAGAUUACUUUCGGCUGGUGCUCAGGGACGGGAACUAUCUCCUGGUCGGCGGAAGGAAUCUCGUACAUAAUCUCAGUUUAACCGAUCUGACGGAGCAGCAGAGGCUGACCUGGUACUCGACGGAGACCGACGUGAAGAUGUGCGUCGUCAAGGGCACGCCUGAGGAAAACUGCCAGAAUUACAUUCGCAUCUUGGUGAAGACCGGAUCGAACAAUUUGUUCGUGUGCGCCACCAACGCCUUCAAGCCUAUGUGUCGUGAUUACACGGUGCACGCGGGCAACUACACGAUGAUGAAGGAGAAGGGCGGUCAGGCGAGGUGCCCAUACGACCCGCAGCAUAACAGCACUUUCGUUUACGUCGACGGUGAACUCUACACCGGCACAGUCGCCGAUUUCGCCGGCAUGGACCCGAUCAUCUACAGAGAACCGCUGCAGACCGAGCAGUACGAUUCGAUGAGUCUGAAUGCACCCAACUUUGUGAACUCCAUGUCUCAAGGAGAUUUCGUCUACUUCUUCUUCAGAGAGACUGCUGUAGAAUAUAUCAAUUGCGGCAAGGCCGUGUACUCUCGCGUAGCACGAGUCUGUAAAUACGACCGAGGUGGACCGCAUCGUUUCCGUAACAGGUGGACGUCCUUCCUGAAGUCGCGUCUCAAUUGUUCCGUUACCGGAGACUUCCCAUUUUACUUUAAUGAGAUACAGUCAACGACCGAGUUAAUAUCGGGUCAGUACGGCGGAACAUCGGCGCAACUCAUCUACGGCACAUUUACGACGCCGGUGAACAGCAUAAGCGGUUCGGCAGUGUGCGCCUUCUCGCUGCAGGAUAUCGCCGAUACCUUCGCCGGUAAUUUCAAAGAACAGAGCGCCAUGAACUCCAACUGGCUGCCGGUGCAGGACACGAAAGUACCGGAUCCGCGACCCGGGCAGUGCACCAACGACUCGCGCACGUUGCCGGAUCUGACACUCAACUUUAUCAAUACGCAUUCGUUGAUGGACGAAUCGGUGCCAAGCUUCUUUGGUCAGCCGAUCGUUAUACGCACCAGUUUCCAUUACAGGUUCACUCAGAUUGCUGUGGAUCCUCAAGUGAAAACUCCGGGCGGCAAGACUUAUGACGUUCUCUUUAUCGGCACGGACAACGGCAAAGUGAUCAAGGCGGUAAAUGCCGAAUCCGCUGAUUCUCAUCAGAAAGUCAGUCCGGUUGUGAUCGAGGAAAUACAAGCUUUCCCGCAAACGGUGCCGGUUCGCGGAAUCAAGGUAGUCCGAGCCUCGCAGGCAGGCGACGGGCUCGAGGAUGGUCGAUUGGUCGUCAUCGCCGACAGUCAAGUGCAAGCGCUAAGACUCCAUCGAUGCUACAGCGACAGGAUAUUAUCCUGCAGUGAGUGCGUCGCCCUACAGGAUCCUUAUUGCGCCUGGGAUAAGGUGGAGGGCAAGUGCAGGGCGUUGGUGGGCCCGGCAUCGACAGAUGCUAACAGAUUCCUGCAAAGCGUUGCGACAGGAACACAUACAUCCUGCCCACCUGGCAAGAGUCUCAACAAGGAUGCCGGAAGCGUUGGCGCUAUAUCCGCCAACAAUAACAAGUUCCCACAGGAUUCGAUACCAAACAAAGACAAUCCGGGCGGUGAAAUUAUCAAUAUCAUGCAGGACGAGGAACAAGACAAUUCAGGUCCGGAAGUAUCCGCAGCUGACACACCUCCUCCACAAUACUCUGUGGAAACUCUAGUGAUGGCUGUGGUGGCCGGUGCAUUAGCCGCGUUGUUUGUUGGUUUUGUGGCCGGUUAUUUGUGUGGCAGAAAGUGCAGGAAAGACGAGGACGACAAUCUACCCUAUCCAGACACGGAAUAUGAAUAUUUUGAACAACGACAAAACGUGAAUAGUAAUGUUUGCCUAUCCACAUUUAGCAGAUUGGCGCCCGAGCCAAAGCUGUUACCGCAGGAAGAGGUGACCUAUGCGGAGCCGGUGCUGGUUCCGCAACCACCGAAGCUUCAAUCUCCGAAAGGUACCAUGAGGAAACCACCGCCGACGCCCACGGAGACUCUCUUUCAAUUUCCGGACGGUUACGGUUUCCGCGGGGGACCGCGCGGCGACAAUUUUGGCACUCUGCGCUCCCAUCAAGGCGAUGCGUAUCGCCGCACCGAUGGCUUUGCGACCACGCGCAGCGUCAAAAAGGUUUAUCUCUGAGAAACGAGCGAGGAGGGGGGUGGCCGUCACCGGAGCCUAGGACGGCCAGCGCGCAAUCGCCACAACGCGACGUCGGCCAGCAGAAGUAGUCGCGCUGUGACGUCCGGGGGACAGUCAAAUCGUGAGCUCGCCGGUCCGAGGGCAUUGGAAUCGCCCUCGCCAUCGUCGAGCGUAUCAUCGAGUUCCCCGUCCCCUCCCUCCUCGUCACCCUCGCCCACCCUCGUACCGAUUGCCAUGAGCGGUCAACAGCCACCGCCGCCACCAACACCACCCUGCAGUUUCAUCUAUCGAUCAUAGUCGUCGUCGUCAUCGUCGUCGUCGCCGCCAUCGUCGUCGUCGUCGUCAUCACCAUCAUCGCCGUCAUCACGAUGGUCGUCAUAUUCUGCUUUCUGCUCGAUGACGCGAGGGGAUGAGAGAGAGAAAGCGUUCUACAGUCCUAGCGCGUUAUUCCGAAAUGUAUAAAUUGAAUAAUCAAGAGAAUAAUUUCCUGAUCAGAAAUGUCGCAUUACUUCAAUGGAUGUUGCGGUAUGUUUCUUUUAUAUUCAAUCUUUUUAUUUCUGUUUGUGAUUUUUAUUUCGACACUGAUAUUUGUUUUGAUAAUUAACGAAGAGUUGAAAUAUUGAAGUUUCGCGUCGAUCGAGUCUACAUGUCGUUUGUUUGUACUAUAACAGAAAUCAAGAGAUCAAGGAAAUUAUUUUAGGAAUCGGUUGUUUAUCGCAUUCAGAAACGUCGAAUCGAGCAAUUUUGUGCAUAGGGCAGUUUAUUUUUGCCCAUUUACGUAUCAUUAUAAGUAAUAUCAUAAUACAGCAUUUCAUAAUUCUCAUAAUAGAAACGACAUUCCAACCGGAAACGUGGACGUUACGGUGGACAUUACGUUUGAUCAAUAACUUGAUUAUCCAUGCAUGUUGAAGAAUAAGUAAGGCAAACGCAAACAUUUUAGCAUAUAGCGAUUGUCGAUUAUCUUAGAUCUUUAGCACUAAUUCGCAAAAGAAUGAGCAAGUAGAAUAAAGAAGAAAAGAAAAAAAAUUCUACGAUUAUCGAUGCUCGAACGUAUAAAAACUCGAGUAAAGUUUGGUAAUUAGGCUCGAUUGACAAAAUAGUGCGAACGUUACGCGGCGGUUCGCAACAAAAUGUCGUAAUCUCCACUAUUUUAUUAAUUGACAGUUAAUAUCAAAGUCGAUAUGUGUAAUUGUAAAGCUACACAACAUAGUACUAUGAUGAGGCUUUUUUCAUAAAGUCAAUUAAAGGAGACUAUCCGCAAGCUCGAAACACGCAAUUUUUCUAACGUUGUAAUAUUUAAUACGAGUGAUUGAUAGUGCCAUUAUAGAUCACGUAACACUUCUGCGUGCCUCGAAAUUAAAGACGAUCAUGAUGAUUAUCGACGUUUGUUGGCCAAAUGUUUUUCGCGAUUGGCCAAAUGGAGAUUAAUGCAUUUAAUUAAUUGUAUAUAAUAACAUCUCUAUCUUUAUACUUGUUCUUUUAU